UAGAUCACACAUCUCCUAGACGUAAACUUGAACAGACUAAAACUACACUGUUCUCGAAGAAUAUUCGCUAUGGCUGUUUACAAUGUCCUAAGCAUUGUUUCGCUCGUCUCUAUUGCUUCAUUGACUCAAGCGGACGUAGGCAGUCUCGGCUACUCCGAUAACGCGAUCCGGGCUGGACAGUCGGGCCCUGCAGUUUCGUUCGUUGGGGCUUCUUCGCAGUCUUCCCAAACUUUGCAGCAAGGAAGCUUCACUCCGGACUUUCUUUCGGGGGUGGCUAAACCUAAUCCAGCUACAUUUGGUUCAACGUCUGGCGGCAAUCGUGUCGCUGAAAAUAGGUUGACCUUCCCCGAGAGUGGCGAUGGCCAAUUUGUCAAUCAGCAAUUCGUGGUGGGAGGGGCGUCCUCCUCUGAUGGCCGAAGGAGCGCCCAGGCUACAUCGGGCCAGUCUGGACAGGCGGGCGUCUUCACCAGUGGCAGCGGUAAUAUUGUGAUCGGGUCAGGCUUGUCUCCCGCUAAUGCACCCCAGUAUGAAGAACAUGCUAUCCCACGCACCGGCCCCGUGCAGCUCACAAACACUGUAACAAAUUUUGUAACGAAGACCCACACCUUACGGGUUCCUUCUACCUCCGAUGUCUGGGUAACUUCUGUUACCAUGGUCAAGAUUCCUGUGACACAGUUGGCCACUCAGCGAACUUUCGUGCGUGCUGCUCCCGACACUGUAACAUCCCUAGUCAGGAUUACGUCGACCCCAGUGUCUGUGCUGACCCAAACUGUAGAUGUCUUUCCCACGAAAACUGUAGUUUCUAUCUUUACAAGUUUUGUAACAGAGACCCAGACGGUUGAAUUAUGGCAGCCCAUAGAACACGUCUCCACCAGCUACGAGGUGAUUACCCGCCCAGUCCUGGAAACGCAGUCACUCCUCCAGCGCCUUUUCACCACGGUGACGACCACCCGUACCAUUAACGUGACGUCACUUAGGUCUGACCAACUAGUUCCUCGCAGUGGUCCUGUCUCUACGUCUUUCGGUGGAUACUAUUAAUAGCCAAGCUGUAUGGAAUUCUCAAUAAAAUUUUGUUUAAUUAA